AUGAGCAGCAACCGCAUCCACUCGGAUGCACCACUCCAAAACCAAACCGAAUCAUCAACAUCCAAUCUGUUUAGAAGAUAUCAGCUCUUGAUUGAAUAUAAGAAUCUACGUAGCUCAAACAGUUGUCCAACCGGUGUUUAUGUUAUUCCCGAUAUUGACAACUUGUAUCUCUGGCAUGGAACUAUAUUUUUACACAGAGGCCAUUAUAAGGAAGGAGUAUUCAAGUUUUACAUAGAGAUCCCUGACAGUUAUCCUGAGCAGAUUCCUAUAGUGCGCUUCAUCACCGACAUGUUCCAUCCACUGAUUGAUCGGGACGGUUAUUUUAAUCUGGGUCAGCAAUUUAUUCGAUGGCGUCCAUAUAAGGAUUUCAUUUGCCAUAUUCUGCAUUAUAUCAAGAAUUCAUUUAGGGAAAGCACCAUGUGUUCGUUAGAAGGCAAGUUCAAGAAUGAAAAGCAAUACUUUUCCAAGUUGGCCGCCCAAUGUGCUCAAUUAUCGUCCUCUGAACCCAUUCUCUUUGACAAGGACAGUAACCAUCUCAUGACUUUCACGCCUAUCGAUGAUUCUCAGUUUGCCCAUAUCCAAUCAUUGCUAUAUGAAUCUGUUGGACACAAAGCCCAGCCAGUGACUGAGACUUGA